AUGGCAGCAGCAAACAACACUACGGCAUUCAGAUUGGUCAUGUUAGGCGGAGGAGCCGUUGGGAAGUCCGCUAUCACUGUCCAGUUAGUUUCUGGCCACUUUGUCCAGAUCUAUGAUCCAACAAUUGAAGACUCAUACAGAACUUCUAUUUCGGUUGAUGGGGAGAUGGUUUCCCUUGAUAUUCUCGACACCGCUGGUCAAGAAGAAUACUCUGCACUGAGAGAUCAAUAUAUGAGAUCGGGUGAUGGAUACGUUAUAGUCUAUUCCAUUACAUCUACAACUUCAUUCCUUGAGGCUAAUGGAUUCAGAGAGCAAUUGUACAGAGUUUUGGAUAAGGACAUGGCAACAGAACACGUUUCUAUUGCUCUUUGUGGGAAUAAGUGUGAUUUGGAGUCAGAGAGACAGGUCCAGACUUCUGAGGCCCAAAAGUUGGCGGACGACUGGAAAGUUCUUUUCUUCGAAACCUCUGCAAAGAAUAAAAUCAAUAUUAGCGAGACUUUCCAGGCCCUUGUGAAGGAUAUCAAAAAGAACGCAGUUGCUGCAGCACCAGUUGCUACUGACGAUAAAGCCGAUGCUGGCAAGAAGAAGAAGGAUAAGAAAAAAACAAAUUGCACAAUGUUUUAA